UGCCUUUCCUGUGCAUUGAGUGAGGUGAGUGUCCGUUGUCUGUCUGUCUGUCUGUCUUGUCUGUCUGUCUGUCUGGCGUGGCUUUCCAUGCCCCAGCAUUAGUCACCUGGUAACCUUUCAGACGGUCACCAAGCGGCUGUUGUUGAGGUUUGGACAGCCUCGUCAGCGAGAGACAGGCCCACACGCCAAAGACGAGAGCAAAGAUUCUCUGUUAUCUUCCUUCCUGUCUAUUCACACGCAUUCGCAUCGAUAGCAUCGACGGUUGUCUUAUGUACCCAUUGCCUCCAUUGGUGCACCCACGCACAUGUCAACCACAUACACAGAUAUGCACGCCUCGCUCUGCACACGCUGCUGCUGAACGCCCCCACCCCUACCACCACCACCGCCACCAAGCACCCGUGCAAUAGUGUCGCGCACAUCGAGCUGAAACUUCGAUGGCGGGCUGGACGGCCGCCUCUCGGCCCUUCCUAGACGGUUCUGGCUCCACUCAGCCACACGCCUCACAUGCUCCAGUGUCCUCAGUGGCAGGCCGGGGAGGGCAGGCAGCACACAGUGCCCUGCUGUCAGAGCCUGAGACUCCAGACACAAUAAUGCGCCAUCACCGCUGCCCACAUCGUCACCAGGAGCAUGUUCAACGCCCUCAAUGCCCCUAGCCACACACGAGAAGAGCGUCGCGACCGGCAGGAGCAACAGAGGCUGACCAGUAGCAGCAGCAGCGGGCGAAUGUGAAGAAGCUAGAAUCACCGAUGAGGAGUAGAGCAGCAGGGCAGCCGUCUGGAAGUCCUCGUUGCCCAUUGCCGAGCGAUCUAGGGCCUCUGUGACCUUGGAUAUCAGUUCCACCAUCCUCACCUCCACGGAAUGGCCACCUCCAAAUACGUGGGGCCACAUGUCCAGACGUACCAGUCCUGACAUUGUCUCCGUGAGGCGGCUCGGCUCGGAGAUGUAGAUGUGCCCAUCAGCAUCCCUGGGGUGGUGCAGCAGCAGUGCGAGAGCCUUCAUCAGCUGCUCGGCUCUCACGCCUGAUGUCGGGGGGUGCAGACACACACACGUAAAUCGAAUGCGUGUAUAGAUCAUCUGACCACCUUUCUUGCUUUAUCAGGCACCCAGCUACCUGUGCAAGCAGCGGCGGUGAGCUGGCUCCGCACACACCCUUCCAGGACACCCACAGGCACGUCCACAGCAGCCGUGCUCCCAGCCACAUCUCCCAUCGUCCGGCCGAGCCCACCCCUGGGGUCGAUUUUGUGCAUGAAUAUGGCGAUAAGGCCCUCCAGCAAUCCAGACGGGGCGUCGAUGCUGACCGUCGACCGACCCCACGUGUCAUCGGGACACAGGUAGGCGUCGUUCUGGCCCACAUUGAGCAAAGGGUGCACCAUCUACACACACACACACACACACACAGAGACAGACAGACAGAGAGAGAGAGCAUCACAGCGUCAAAACAUUCCCUUGUCGCUCCGUAUGCACACCCACCAUGGCUUUCCAGCAGGAUGCAGCAGCUGAUAUCUCGGUGAAGGAGAUUGACGCUACACCGUGCCCGCUGCGGUUGCACCAGUGUGUGAGCCGUGCGAUGAGCACGUCGGCAGCCGCCCUGACGGCCAGUGGGGGCGCAAGAAGGGGCGGGGCUGUGAGGACCGUCAGCAGGGUAAAGAAGAACAGGGUGGAGGGGAAGCUCUCGUGACGCGCUGACAAGCAGAGCAGGCAUGGUGGGAGAGGCGCUGUCAUGGCAAUGUGAACUCUUGUGGCCUUGGGUACCUCUGAAGGCCGACAAGAGUUCGUCAAAGAGCUCUUUCGCCUCGACGGAUGAAAAGUGCCCCGAUGAUACCGCCCUUCCCAACCAACCAACCAACAAACCAUCGAGCAUGCCUCCCCUGUUGUGUCAUUUCCUUACUUCAUGGUCCAGCAGAUGUCUGCAGCCGUCCACAGCUCAUCGGACGGCGCCGCUGUCUCGUCACGCUCCCCCUCCUUCUCAUGCAGGCCAGACGCGCCGCCGUCAAGGAGUGCUGAUUUGCGUCUGGUGUGGAGGAAGUUGAUGACCUCAUGGCACACACGCUCGUUGAGGGGCGACGCACGGUGCACCCGGCCGUUGACAUACGCACUGCAGCCAGUGUGUCCAGAGAACAGGUCAACAGACAUGGCUGUGUACAAGUGGGGUUUCCUCCCUACCUGAGGAGGGUGGUGAGCUCUCGGAUCGGCAGAUCCACAUCUGUCAGCGAGGCCCUGAAAAAACAACCCAAGGCACCAAGCCGGGCAAGUACCCGAUGGAUGGAUGGAUGUCCUUACUUCUUGAGAACAGGGAGGAUGCCGCCAGACGCCUGGUCGAAGAAUCCCCGCAUCGCCUCCGGCAGAUCACCCCUGCCACUGGCAUACGUGUGCAGCAGGUACACCUGCAACACACACAGCCACAUCACACCACCCUGCACCCUGAUGCCCUCCCUCCUCAUUGCAUACCGUCAGGCGUGGAGGGAAGUCAUUCCGACGAAUAUGCGCCACCACUCUCUCUUGAACAGCCAAUAUCGCCCAUUCCGCCUCCUCAGUGAAGCCCGGAUGGGAAGACGCCAGCAAGCCAGUGCUGUGCUGUCCGUCAGCCGUGGCCACGUCGGUCGCUGCGUUGCCGAGCUGCCCAUUUCGCCACUUGAGCAGCAGGGUCAGCAUGGUGAACAGAUCCAGAGGCUUCAGCCGAUCCAAAGUCUCUGAGGAAUGGACGGAGGGAAUGAUGAAUGGAAGGCAUUCACGAGUGUGGCCAACCAACCGACCAGGGACGGACCUUUGCUGAGCAGGUGCCUUGGCAGGGCGUUGAGAAGGCUCUGUGAGGGGCACCGUCCCAGCCUCAUGGACGCGUUGCAGUAGUUGGCCAGUGCCUGGGGCGUGAAAGUCGGGAGCAUCUCGGCCACACGAUGGUCCAGCAACCCGAAAACCUCAGGAUCUCUGAGAACAGACGACAGCAACACAGAUCAAGGACGAUAGACGUGGCGCGUGCUUUAGGGAAGGCUGUCAACUGACCCACCUGAUUCGCAUCUUUAGCAAGGCGUUUGCGAGAUUGGCGAGGUCGACGGCCUCGAACUCGCCAUCAGCGGCCUUCUGUCGCACGAGAGGCAUCAACCGACCCACCAGCUCGGACCCGGUCGGCCUGCCAUCCAUCACACAUCACACAAAGGGACAGCAUGACAGCCUGAGGCUCUCCUUCUAUUUGUUGUCUUUUCUGUGUCACCCACCCGAGGUCCAUCUUAGAGAGUGCGAGUGCGAUAGCCGCCAGGUCCUUGGCGUUCAUCUGCUGCCCACCCAAAGACCUGGGCGACGUCACCUGGGCAAUCAGCUGGCUCAGCAACACGGGCGAUCGAUGCUGAGCACCCAAACACUGACAUGAACAAAAGACAGACAGAAGGCAAUAUCGAGCAAAAGUGGUUGGUUGGAGAGUGGCUGCUUCGCUCGCUCACACUUGCAAGGAUGGCCAGCUCUCGUGGGAACAGCUCCCCUAUGCCGCCCGUCCUCUCCAGGUAGCUCAGCACAGCUUUCUUAAGAGAAUCAUGGGGAUGCUUCAGCCGGUCAUACGAGUGCAGCAGCGACACCCAUUCAGGCGCACUCAGCUGCUGCUGCCGUCCACCCUCUCCACUCUCGCCAGCAAGAAGCCGCACAAACAAGGCAGCCGACUCGUUCAAGAGGUUGGGGUCACGGACGUUGGUCACAGCGAACCAUCCCAGCGUCUUGGCGAGCAGCUGUGGCGGGAAGAGGCUAAGUUGGCGCACGAUGGAUGCUGCCAUGGACUUGAGGAGUGAGGUGCGGGGGUGGUGCAGCUGGGGCAGGGACAUCUGCCCGAUCGCGGACACGGUGAUGCCGAGAUCGGCUGGGCGCAUCCGACUCUGCUGAGAGGCCAUGGCCUGCACAACAGGAAAAGGCAACAAACAGACAGACACCAUCGCUUUCGUGAAGGCAGGCAGCCCUCUGUGUGAGUGUGUGUAUCUCGCUCUGUCGCUCUCUCCCUCGUCAGUGACCUGUAGUGCUUUGUUCCAGAAUGCGGGAUCUCUGACCAUUUUCUGCUGCCACAGGUCACACGCCUUGACGCCCAUCUCGUGCGGCGGCAGUGUCAGGAACUGCUGCAGAUGAACACGCAGGCGGCCGCUGGCUGUGUCGGCACCGACAUUCUCAUCUCCUUCUGCACUGAAAUGCCGCUGCUGACGCACUGCGGCAGCUGAUGCUCGCCUCGCAGGCUUCGACAGCCGUCUUGGUGUGACGGCGGGAGGCCGAUUCAUGAGUCAGAUCAAGAGUCAGCAAGGAUCUACACAGGAUCUACACGCCAGAUGGAGCUCUUCUCGUGGC